AUGAGAAAUGCUUUCAUUAACUCAUCUACAAACUCAUCUGCUCGUGCUAAGGCUGGUCUUGCUGGUUUGGAUGCUAGAACUAUUCUACCUUUCGGUCAAGAAGUUAUGAUUCAUGAUUAUACUCAAACAUCCAAGUUAAAAUCUCGCGGUAUAACUGGAUUUGCGUUGACUCCAUCAAAGGAAUCGCAUGGUUAUUUAAUCUUUGUCCCAUCUUUACGUAAGGUCAUCGGUACUUCUAACUAUGCUAUUGUUGUUCACGACUCUACCUCUUUAUCCGAAUCCUCUACCCAUUCUGUCUUCGAUAACUUAUUGGAAAGUUACCACGUCACUGACGCUGAUACUGAUUUGCAAAAAGCCGCCGUUGAAGAUAUUCCAUUACCUGAUGUCUGUACUACAGUAACUUCUGUUAUUCCUGCUGAUUCUGCCAAUUCUACUGAUUUCACACAAACCAUUGAACCUACUAUUGAUUUUGAUUCCGAAAAUGUGUCUUCUAAUAUCAUCAAUGAUACCCAACCCGAUGCUACCGUUGCUAUCGACUCCACUAUUGAUGAUCCAAAUCUUUCUCUUCAUAAAUCUAAUUCCUCCAUUCUGGUUAAAUCUGAUUCUAAUUGUUCUACUACUAAGGAUAUACAUCCUACUCCAGCUAAUGAUUCUUCUUCUGCCGUUCAUGACAACCCCCAUCCUACUGAACAAUACAUACCCAUCGAUUCUCAUCUCUUAGAUUCUAUUUCUGAACCUCUCUCUCCUGACUCUCCAAAUGCUGAUAUCUCUAAAAGGUAUCGAACAACAAAGAUGACACUAGAUCUGAUGCUCUUGCCGUUGAUUUAA